AAACACAGAAGAAGAAGAAAACCGGAAGCUGCUGUCGGAAAGCAAGCUCUUAAAAACGCUAGCUUGCUACUCUUGUUAACAAAUAAAAUAAUGCAUUAGCCGACCAAAACAAAACCAACGCCUGGAGGGAAAGAUUACAGAGGGUGAUUUAAUUCAGAGUUUGCUGCAUAAAGCUACACACAGUUAGCAUAUCUAAGCUCUUCUAACGGGCUCCUAGAAUGGCCAAAUAUCGAGAUCCUCACAUCCCUCUGUCAUCCCUUCACCUCCUGAUUCCUCCUCUGAGGAUGACUUCAGCCUGUAUGUGGCAGGUAGCCCUGGACCGUAAUGUAGACCGGUAUGAUCAGCUGGCUGAAUUCAUCUCACUGGUGACAGAGAUAGUCCCAGAUCUGCUGAGCUACAGGCAGAGGACUCAACUCAUCCUAGGGCUGAGAGCGAGGGUCAUCAUGGAACUUGUAACAAAACAAGAACUUGUCGACUGCAAUGCUGUCCAGGAACAUCUCGACAUUUUCCAAAAGAGUAAAACAAGCUACAACCAGGAAGAGGAUAGAGAGGUGCAGAAAUCAAAGUCUGCAUUUGUGGAGCAGGUUGAGACUUUACUGAAGGACAAAUACGAGAAAGAUAAAUUUGUCAAAGAGGUGUUUCCAGAGCUGUAUGGAGCACGUUUUGAUACAGUGUUGCAGAUCCUGGUGUGGGAGUUCCUGCACAGACUGGAAGAGUUUCUCCCAGUACCAAGUUUCUCAAAGGUGUCCUCUUUUAUUGACCUGUCCUCCUUUGACUCCCAGUUUGAGCAGUUUUUCUGCGAUCAAAAUGAUCUAAAGAGGAUUCUGCAGCAUCAAAGUCAGCGAACAAAGUUAACAAAAAGUGAAUUCUCCUUCACGUCAGACACUAUCCUGUCCACUCUGGCGUCUAAACAAAUGCCAGCAGCAUCAGAGGGUCUCCUGGAAGGUAUAAAAGAUGAAGAAGGUGUAGACAGCGUUGAUGAAGAGACGGAUGACAGUUCAGUUGAGCCUUCCAAUUCACAGUGGCAGGACAGAGGUCUGUCACCACUUACUAACUCACCCUGUUCUGAAGAAGGUGGGAUGACGGAUGAAAAUGAUGAUGCCAGCAGUUUGGUUUCUCAAGGUAUCCCAACUUCCCUUCAAGUUGUUUAUGAGACACAAGUGACACUCUUGGAGGAAAACUCAGAGGAUCCGGCAGCAAACAGUACAAGAGUCCAGGAAAUUUCUAACGCUGGAGGGUUUAAUGGAUUAAACUUAGCUACCAGUUUAAAGGACAUUGAAGACCUCACAUGUCCUGUGUGCUACAAGACUUUUAGGAAACCAAGAACUGUGAAACGUCAUAUAAAAUCUGCACACCCAACGCCAGAGCAGGUGUUCCGCUGUGACAAAUGUGACAAGACUUUCCAGGCAAAGUGGCGUUUGGACCAGCACUAUCAAGCUCACUCCAUCAAGAAGCCUUAUGUUUGUUCCCACUGCGGCAAAGGCCUUUCAUGUCCAAAAGUGCUAGAAACUCACAUGCGACUUCACACAGGAGAACGUCCGUAUGCCUGCAAGUUGUGUGAUAAGAAAUUUGACCAAAAAUACACGCUGACACAGCACAUCAGGAUGCACAAAGGGGAGAAACCGUACCUGUGCAGCGUGUGUGGAAAGACCUUUGCCCUCAAAGGUGCGCUGCGGGUCCAUACACGGCAGCACACAGGGGAAAGACCAUAUCACUGCAAGGAAUGUGGACUAAGUUACAGAACAUUGCAAACUCUUAAAAGUCAUCAAACACUUCACACAAAUGAGCGUCCGUAUACCUGCCCACAGUGUGGAAAGAGUUUCCGCCUCCAGAGUGGAUUUAAAAAACAUAUGAGAAUUCACACUGGAGAAAAGCCUUAUCAAUGUGUCGUCUGUGACAAAAGAUUUUACACAUCAAGCAACCUGAGGAUACACAUGAAAAGUCACAAAUCAACCAAAGACGCUAAAGCCUCUACAGAGUGAUCUUUUAAGUAUACGCCUUGUUCUUUCCUUGCUGACAUGAAAUGUUUAAGCAGUUCUGGUAUGUGCUUGCAAUUAUUUAAUUAAAGUGUAAUCCAAAUUAUGCCUGUUAGGGUCUGAAUCUCCAGAUUUUCUGCAUUGUCCAAAAAAUCCCUGCUUACUUUGAGACUGCACAACUGGCUGUUUAUACAAUUGUACACACUUGUUUGACAGUGAUGACUUUGUGUUGCUGGCAAAGCUUAAUGAUCAUGUCUGCUGAUGUCAUCUAGGAAUGGAUAUGUAUUUGUCUAUUUGUAAAAAAAAAAAAUACGUUAUAGACUGUUCAAGUGAAGUUUGGUUUUCACAAAAUAAAAUAAAAAUGUACUAAAGCAUUA